UCUUAAUUCAGACUUAAUAUACAGAGUUAAAACCCAUAUAUAUAUAAUUAACUGGAUCGAUCAUGGAGGCAUAUCCAUCAACGUCGUCGUUUCCAUGUUCAUCGUCUUCUUCUAUGUCGUCCCCACCACACGCGCCUUUCAGCACGGAAGUUCCCAAAACGGAAGUGCAAAGCGAGGAUCUGGAGGAGAAACCUGAGAAGAAGAAGAACAAGCAGUCCAGCUGCGGCGGCAGGUAUGCCUUCCAGACUAGGAGCCAAGUUGAUAUUCUUGAUGAUGGUUAUAGAUGGAGGAAAUAUGGUCAGAAGGCUGUCAAAAACAAUACUUUCCCCAGGAGCUACUAUAAGUGCACACACCAAGGAUGCAAUGUGAAGAAACAAGUUCAGAGAUUGUCUAAAGAUGAAGGAAUUGUUGUGACAACCUACGAAGGCGUCCAUUCUCACCCAAUUGAGAAAUCCACUGAUAACUUUGAAAACAUCUUGAGUCAAAUGCAAAUCUACGCCACUUCGCCAUUCGAAUCAUUUUACCAAAAUUAGAACACUGUAUAUGGGAUGUGCAUCGUAAUAUAGUGUCAUUAUAUGCAUGGUCAAGUUCUCGUACAGUUACACAAGCUAUAUAUGAAUACAGGGUUGUGUCAUGUCAUAUCAUAUACGUAUAUUUAGCUGUAUAAAUUUGUAAAAUAACUGAAAAUGAUGAAUGUAAUUGAGAUUCCAAGGAGCGACU